UUGCCGUGCGUGCCGUGCGUGCCAUGCGUAUGCGUGCGCGGGCGCGUCGGCCGGCGAGGGAGCAGCAAACGGCCGGCGGCGGGCGCCGCGCGGGGGGCGGGCGGCGCGGAGGCGGCAGUGGCCAUGGCCGAGGCGUCGCCGCACCCCGGACGCUACUUCUGCCACUGCUGCUCGGUGGAGAUCGUGCCGCGUCUGCCGGAUUACAUCUGCCCAAGGUGCGAGUCUGGCUUCAUCGAAGAGCUUCCAGAAGAGACCAGGAACACAGAAAACGGUUCUGCCACUUCCACAGCCUCCACAGACCAGAGCCGGCAGCCAUUCGAGAGUGUGGACCAGCACCUGUUCACGCUGCCCCAGGGCUACAGCCAGUUUGCUUUCGGUAUCUUCGACGAUAGCUUCGAGAUCCCCACGUUCUCUUCUGGGGUGCAGGCUGAUGAUGGCAGGGACCCUGAGAGCCGGCGGGAGAGAGAACACCAGUCCCGGCAUCGGUAUGGCGCCCGGCAGCCCCGCGCCCGCCUCACCGCCCGGCGGGCCACCGGCCGGCAUGAAGGCGUCCCCACGCUGGAAGGGAUCAUCCAGCAGCUGGUGAACGGCAUCAUCUCGCCAGCCGCCGUCCCCAGCCUGGGCCUUGGCCCCUGGGGCGUCCUACACUCAAACCCAAUGGACUAUGCCUGGGGCGCUAAUGGACUGGACGCCAUCAUCACACAGCUCCUUAAUCAGUUUGAGAACACAGGCCCCCCACCUGCAGACAAAGAGAAGAUCCAGGCCCUCCCCACCGUCCCUGUCACCGAGGAACACGUGGGCUCUGGGCUUGAGUGCCCUGUGUGCAAAGAUGACUACGCACUGGGUGAGAGUGUGCGCCAGCUGCCAUGCAACCACCUGUUCCACAACAGCUGCAUCGUGCCCUGGCUGGAGCAGCAUGACAGCUGCCCUGUCUGCCGCAAGAGCCUCACAGGACAGAACACAGCCACCAACCCUCCGGGCCUUACUGGUGUGGGCUUCUCCUCCUCCUCGUCCUCGUCAUCCUCCAACUCACCCAGUAAUGAGAAUGCCACAAGCAACUCCUGAGUUCACCCCACCCUGCAUGGGUCGGGCCACCUGCCCACCUCAGCUGCCCAGCACUGCUCACAGUGGACUAAGGUGCUGUGCUUGGUAGCCCAGAAUCGGGCGGGUCACCAGGCUGUGGCAGGCUCGGACUUGGCUGGCCGUCCCUGGUUGGAGGCGCCCGGGCUCAUGUCCUGGCAGGCGCCUUCCAUCCGUCUUUAACUUCACCCUCCACAUGUUCAACAGCAGAAGGGUUUUUAUGAUUUUAAAUUAUUACUGCUUUGAAAUAAAUGGACGUUUGAGCCACGUGCAGCCAUCCGUGGUCUGUGCAGUCCACAGAGCCAUCGUCAGGCCAGCCAGCCACAGGCCCUGGAGGCUGGGCCCAACGCCCUGCCUCAUCACCUUGGGACCAGGAAUGUGCCUGGCAGACCUGGAACAAACUGCUCCAGCAGACGUUUUUUUUUCAAAGGGAGAUGUGUGUCUGGAAAGUUAUUUAAAUACAUCUGUGGAAAAGCA